UCCGGUCAAUCUCUACGCCUUCCGCCAGCGGCUUCUCUGAGCCCGCCUCCGAACCGGAGCAUAUAACUAAUUGGUCAGUGUGGUCCGGGCUCGGGGCGGGGAUUGGCUGACUGGCGGCAACGUUCUGGGACAGCCAAUCUGGAAACCCGAGUCGCUGGAGAAGCUGCUGGCUGCCGCGCGGCGGUGUUGCUUUGUGGACCAUGUGCUGCUAUGUAUGCCUGAAGUACUUGAAAUGCAAAUUUGGAAAGGCUUUGGUAUCUAAAUGCUUGGCUGGAUUAAGCGCCUGAUGAGGAUGGUUUUUCAGCAGGUUGGAGUAAGCAUGCAGUCGGUACUUUGGUCAGGAAAGCCAUAUGGUUCAUCUCGAAGUAUCGUAAGGAAAAUUGGCACUAACUUAUCUGUGAUCCAGUGUCCAAGAGUUCAGUUUCAGCUUACUAGCCAUGUGACGGAGUGGACUUCUAGUCACCCAAGAGAGGAUGCAGUGGCGUCAUUUGCUGAUGUUGCCUGGGUAGCCACAGAAGGAGGAGAGAACUCAACGAGACUCAGGACAGAGGUCAGAUCCAGCCUGCCACUUCAGGAUGACCUUUUGUUUGAGAAGCCCCCAACCAGGCAUAUUUCCUUACCAAAUUUGUCCCAAGAAGAGCCUCCACCGAAGACUACAGUCCUGGCAAAUGAAGAAGCAUUACAGAAGAUCUGUGCACUUGAAAAUGAACUUGCUGCUCUCCGAGCUCAGAUUGCUAAAAUUGUGACCCUGCAAGAGCAGCAAAAUCUUACUGCAGGUUACUUAGAUUCUACCACAUCUACUACAGCACCAUCUCCUCCACCUCCACCUCCACCACCACCACCCCUUCCAGUGGGGCUCCACCAAAGUGUAUCUGCUAUUGAUCUGAUUAAAGAACGUAGAGAGCAAAAAGGCAGUUCUGGAAAGACUUUGGCUAAGAACAACCCAAAGAAAUCUGACAUGCCAAAUAUGCUAGAGAUCCUUAAAGAUAUGAACAGUGUAAAGCUUCGGUCAGUCAAGAGGUCAGAGCAAGAUGGAAAGCCCAAGCCAGUGGAUACUACUGACCCUGCUGCUCUCAUAGCAGAGGCUCUGAAAAAGAAGUUUGCUUAUCGGUAUGAAAGCAGUGGCCAAGGUGAAGCUGAAAAAGGAGUUCCGAAGUCUGAAUCAGAGACCACCUCAAAGACUGCUUUGUUUGGGCCACAUAUGUUGAAGUCUACAGGAAAAAUGAAGGCUCUAAUUGAAAAUGUUUCUAACUCCUGAUGAACAGUGAACUGAGAGAGACUAUCCUGGUUCAGCUGCUGUUUUGUGAGGGCUGAGUUUGGGUAGUAGGAAUCGGCACUAUUUAGUAAAUACCUUUAGUAUUCAUUGGUUUCUUUUUUAACCUAGAGGAUUAAGCAAUAAUGAGUGCACUAUAAGUUUGGUUCUGAUGUUUUUGAUACAUAGCUAUGGUGUUCAGAUUGAAAACAUUUGUAAGACUUCAGAACAUAGAAAAAGACAUUUGUGGUGUUACACAUUUUAAACUCUUAACACUAAUUGAUCUUAUAAAUGUUUUAUAUUUAUAUAUCUGGAUAUAAAACAGUUCAUGUAAAAAUUAAUGAUGGCAGUGAGGUACUAUUAUCAUCAUUCAUUUUCAAGUAUCGUUUACUGUUCAGCGAUGGAACAGUUGGUAUAACCCAAGUUGUUGAAGUGAAAUAUCUGAAAUUGGACUCUUUUUACCUUGAGUAGAAUUCCAUCUUAGAUGUGCGCCCAUGGUUUGAAGGUGGGCUUCGCAUAGGAGCUGAGUAGUGUUUGCUGCAGAGACCCUGAAAUGCUUUCCAGUAGAGCAAAGGUGAGGACAAGGAAGGCUGGCUUGCCCCUUGUUGCCACCCAGUGCUGAGGUGACAAAUAUAGUUUACAGGCAGUGACAGAUGAUUGAAUUAAUUACUUUUUAGGUAGAAACCAGAAUGUACUAUGUUCUUUCUUUUCAGUUUAAUAAAUGGCAUCAUUAAGUGACGUACUGCUGAGUUAAUAUUUCUGGAGACAUCAGCAUAGUGGAGUUCAAUUUUUUAAAAUAUUGGUGAAAAUAUUAAUGUUAUUUGUAAGGAAAUUUUAUUAAGUAGGUGCAUGACUUUCCUAUGAAUUACUGUUAUUGGUCCCUGUGCUGUUCUAGAAAUUGUAUUUCACCAUAUAAAACCUUAGGUGCUAUUAGAAAGUGGAAGCUGGAUGUGGUGGUACAUGCCUAUUAGCCUGUCACUUGGGAGGCUGAGGCAAGGGGACCACUAUAAAUUUGACACUACCCUGGGCUACAUAGUGAGUUCAGUCAACUUGAACUACAUAAUGAGAUCUUGUCUUGCAAAAAAAAAAAAAAAAUAAAGUGGAGAAUUAGAAUCUGAGCAGCUUAAUGAGGAUUUGUCUCAAAGUGAAAACUGUUUUCCCUUAGGGCCUGUAAGAACUUAGUACAAGUGACCAUUUUAAAAUGCUUAGUACAUUUUCAUGACUCUGAUAAACUCAGCCAUAGUUAAUCUCUACAUAGGUAAAUAUUUGAAUUUGUUGUUUAAAUUUAUGGAAAAGUUGUACUUCCUGGGAGGAUGAAGAGAUGGUAAAUUAUAGAUAGACAUUUUAAGUUAUUGAAAUAUAUUGUUUUUUUAAUGUUAUUUUUUAUUGUGAUAAAAUACACCUGGCGUAAAAUUUCCCGUUUUGGCCCUGAGCCCCUCCGUACUGUGUGCAGUCUGUACCACUGGCCCACCUCUGCCUUCCUCAUCCUUGCUCUGUUAGACAACCCCUUACCCCUCGCCCACCCCUGUCCCCUGGCAUCUCUGAAUCUCCUGUGAGUGGGGUCCUCAGGGACUGGCUGGUUUUAGUGCAGUAUCAAAUUUGUCUAGGCUGUAGCAGUGUCAGGCCUUCCUCCCCUUCCAGGGUAAAUGAUAUUCUACUACAUGGCAGGAAUUGCACCACUUCUGUUCAUCAGUUUGUGUGGCUUUCUCUUCUUGUGAAUCACGUGGCUAUGAACAUGGGUCUACAGAUCCCUGUCUGCGUCCAGGUUUUAUGCUUUCGGGCCUGGACCUGUCAUAGAAGUCUGGACCCUGUGUAGUUCUGUUGUCAGCUUCGAGGAGCUGCAUGGUCCUUUCAGCUCUGCCCCACUUCUCUCAACUUCACCCUUGCUUGAAAUCUUUUGGUGGCUGGUGGCCUUUAGGGCCCUUGAGGCGUACAGGCCAGGCCUUUGUAUGUGCUUGACACCCGUCAUCUCCUCUGGGGAGCCCUGGCUGUGCCAAGGGAUCCAAGUGUCCAGACCAUGCUGCGAGGUUUGGGGGUCUCCCCUGACUCGAGUCUUGAUAGGCUCAGGUCUCUGGCCCUACAUCCCCAUGCCCACUCAGGGCCCUGUCCUCCCCUGUAUGAUUAUAGUAAAGGCUGCUGUGGGGUGGGACAUGGGUCACGGCCUGGUGUGUUCUAAGUAGUUCAAAAGUUAUUUGAAGCAAUUGAUAUGGUUUGGUUAUGUAGCCUAAAUGCGAAUGUUUGGAAUGUUGACGUCAAUGUAUAUUGUUGCUAAUUUUUUAAAAUGGCUUAAAAAUUCUGUCUCUAAGAAAUUAAAAACAUUUGCCUGACAUAUUUUGGCCUCCUAAGAAAUUUGUAUUUGUAUUAGUAUUGAAUUUUGGCUAGUGCUCCAAUAUAAGGAAGUAACUAUUUUAAAAUAAAGCAGACUAUUUUUUAAUUCUC